CCAAAUGAGGAGGCUGGAAAAAGAGAGUACAACGAAGCCGGGCUGAAAAUCACCCUCCAUUUCAUUCUGGAGCCGGGAGGUUACACCCAGGCAUCAAAUAGCUUUCCUCCUCACAGAAAAGUAACUGAACCGUCAAGUUUGUUAUCGAGAAUACAAGCAAAACUGAAGUGUCUUUGACUCAAGUAAUAAACAGCCUUACAGACUACACAAGUCAGGACACUAACUUGUGGGUGGAGCAGUAAGACCACUGCAAGGUCAUGGACGACCUCGAGGAAGCAUUAUUUGAAGAAUUUGAGAACUACUCCUACGCCCUAGAAUACUAUUCCCCAGAGUCUGACACAGAGAAUGUUCACCUGGGAGCUGUUCACUGGGUGUCCCUGGUGUUAUGCUGCUUAGCCUUUGUUCUGGGCAUUCCAGGAAAUGCUACUGUCAUUUGGUUUGUGGGAUUCAAGUGGAAGAAAACUGUCAGCACUCUGUGGUUUCUCAAUCUGGCUGUUGCAGAUUUCAUUUUUCUUCUCUUCCUGCCCCUGUACAUCUCCUACGUGGCCAUGGAUUUCCACUGGCCCUUUGGCCGUUGGUUGUGCAAGGCCAAUUCUUUCAUUGCUCAGUUGAAUAUGUUUGCCAGUGUUUUCUUCCUGACAGUGAUCAGUCUGGACCGCUGCAUCCACUUGAUCCAUCCUGUGUUAUCCCAUCGGCACCGAACCUUAAAGAACUCUUUGUUAGUUAUUUUGUUUGUUUGGCUUUUGGCUUCUCUAAUGGGUGGCCCUGCCUUAUACUUCCGGAACACCCUGGAGUUCAAUAACCACACUCUUUGCUAUAAUAACUUCCAUGAGUAUGAUCCUGACCUCGUUUUGAUGAGGCACCAUGUUCUGACCUGGGUCAAAGUUACUGUUGGGUACCUCUUCCCUCUGCUGACAAUGAGCAUUUGCUACUUGUGUCUCAUCUUCAAGGUGAAGAAGCGAAGCAUCUUGAUCUCCAGUAAACAAUUCUGGACAAUCCUGGCCGUGGUCAUGGCCUUUUUGAUUUGUUGGACUCCUUAUCACCUUUUUAGCAUUUGGGAGCUUACAAUUCACCACAAUAGCUAUUUUCACCAGGUACUACAGGCCGGAAUCCCUCUCUCCACUGGCUUGGCAUUCCUCAACAGUUGCUUGAACCCCAUUCUUUAUGUCCUGAUCAGUAAGAAGUUCCAGAAGCACUUUCGGGCCUCCAUUGCUGAGAUACUGAAGUACACACUGUGGGAAGUCAGCUGUUCUGGCACUAUGAGCGAACAGCUCAGGAACUUGGAAACCAAGAACCUGUGUCUCCUGGAAACAGCGCAGUGAAUUGGAACCCUCCCACAAGUCAGCAUAAAUCUUUUUAAAAUGAAAAACAGCAACAACAACAACAAAAACCCCUAAGUGUGGGGUCCCUGACUGAUGCUUUUCGGUUGAUUCCAAGAUACACAGCUAACCCUAUUUUGUUGCUGUUUUGUUCAAUUUAUUGGAAACACAUUUGUGCAUACCUAAAACUUAGGAUCUUUUUUUUCCCAGUUAUUAAAUUAUCUGUGUCAUUCUUUCUAAUUGUAUUAUAGAGAAUUAAUCACUACUCACUACUAUA